CAUAAUGGAGGCGCAGUUUUUGAUUUUCAUGCGAAUUUGCACAUUUUUCAUGUUUUUGUGGUUUUGACCUUUGUUGAUCACGUUGCUAAACUGAGUCAUGGUGCAUCUUCGAAGUUCAAGGCACAGGGUAUUUAUAUGCCAUGGUGGUGGCUAUUCUGUAAAUGGGGACUGCAAAGUGGAGACCUGGCAAAGUGUUAAACAAAAAAUUGUGGAAAGCCUUGGGAACAAAGAUCACAUAGAAGAGGAAAUCAUAUUAAAUGCCAAAUUACAACUUGUGCAAACUCUCCGUGUCUCCAGCCCCAUCAAAUGUAUGUCCAUGAUGCCUGUAACCAAUGGUAGUAUAUUUAUUGCACACCAUACUGUUGGGGUAGACUGCCAAUUCAGUUCAUUCUUUUCAAUGAGAAACAACAACUCGUAUACUGCAUACAUUGCAAGGUGCAAGAUCCCAUAUGAAGUCACAAACAUAAUGUUUAUUCCAAAGUACAAGAAGGUUAUUGGCUUUUGUACUGACAACACGCUCCGUGUGUUUGAUGACUGCAAAUAUAACUGCAGAGAACUUGCUACCACAAGCUGUCAGCAUUCUGUACUGAGCCUUAUCUAUAAUGCUGAUACAGAUGAAAUUGUUGCUGGUUUCCGUGGUGGAAUAAUGCGCUGGAAGAUUGGAGGCAUGAAGAAGCUAUUGAAGCCACUUCAGCCUGUGGGUUAAAUCUGUGCAGAUUGACAAUUUUGGGAAAUAUAUCUUAGCAACCAGUGAAAAU